GACACGACCACCACAUCGCGCCCAUCAAACCACAUCACUUCGACCGCCACAUCCCAUCAUCACGCGCCGACAUCUCGCACCAACAUCACGAUAAUUGCGCGACCUUCCACCCCGAUCAAGACACUUGCUCACUAGCUGUCUAACACGUAACCGCGCCUUCAUCGCCGACCCGCCAACCUCAUCUCAGUCACCCACAACAACCCACAACAACCGCCACAAACAUGUCCGGCAAGCUCGCGCAAUCUCUCGACACAAUCAUGUCCGAAAACAAGACUGGAAAUGGAGGAAAGCGCCGCGGCGGUCGCGCUCCGCGCAAAGCCGCUGUCAAGGCUACUGCCGUCAUCGUCGGAGGCGUCCAGAAGACUCGAGGCGGCAAGAACACCACCAAAGCUGUCGCCGCGGCUCCCCUAACUGGCGAAACCAAGAUCUCGGUGUCCAAUCUGCCUGAGGACGUGAGCGAAAUGCUUAUCAAAGAGUAUUUUAGCUCGACGGUGGCCCCGGUCAAGAAGGUCGUUCUCAACUAUGGUCCUACCGGAAGAUCGCGCGGCUCUGCGGUUGUUUCGUUCAAUUCGGCCAACGCUGGCGCAAAGGCCGUCGCCCUGGAUGGCACGAAGGUGGAUGGCAGACCGCUUCGCAUCGAGAUCCUCGUCUCCGCGAAAGCUGUGCCAAACGUGGCGCCCAAGUCUCUCCAAGACAGAGUGUCCAAGCCGAAGAAUGCCGCGAAGCCCAAUGGAAAGGAGACUGCCGGUGCGAAGGAUGCCGCCGCUGGAGCGGGCAAGGGAGGUCGCGCCGGGAAGAAGACAGGACGUGUCAACAAGCCGAAGAAGACGGCGGAAGAGCUCGAUGCGGAGAUGCAGGAUUACUUUGGAGGAGACAGCAAUGGUGCUGCGACCAACGGCACUGCUCAACCCGCUGCUACAGCCGCGACCAACGGCGAUACUGGCAUGGUCGAUGAGGUGUUGUAA